UAUGCCAAACUUGCAAAGAGGUAAUAAAAUUCCAUCUAUCUUCAACAAUUUUAUUUUCGUGCUUUUUCUUAUACCAAUCUUGAUUCUUUAAUCUAAGAAUAUAUAUAUAGUAACCUAUGAAAAUGCAUGAUAUGCAUGCACACAAAUACACACAUAUAUAUACACACACAUAAUAUUAUAUAUAUACUCGGUCACUGCUGCUCACUUAUAUGAAACCUUAUCAUCAUCAUUUCCUAUCUUUACAAAGCUCAUCACAUGGAAAAACUGGUAAGUGAAAUUGAGAGAAAUGCAGUUGCCGAAGAAUUUGUCAAUGAGAACAUAAAAUCAGCAAGUUCUAAGCUAAGUGCUGAGUUGAUGAGACAAAAGACCAAUCCGCCGAGACCAGUGGAGAGGAAAUUAUCAGGUCGCGGCCAAGUCCCACAACCGAAGAUACAGAAGGUUCCUCAGGUGCUUAGAGAUGAACAGAAGAGUUUGGAGAAGUACUACGACCCAAUGUGGAUAUCAAUAGGCCCUAUUCACCAUGGCAACCCCAAAUUCCGGCUUGCAGAGCAACAUUUCAAGUUUCUCUUUGCAGCAAAGUUCGUCAAAAACAGCGGCCACCAAUCCCACGACUACCUUUACAGAAAAGUAAUGGAAAAUAUUAAGGAGCUGAAGCAAUGUUUCGAUGAUGAGGUGCUCGAUGAGUAUUAUGGUAAUGGCAAGGAUGAUGAGGCCUUGGGGUGGAUGUUGUUCUUGGAUGGAUGUUUUACACUCCAAUUCAUUUACAGCACUGUGAAUGGUGAGUCGAUGAGACAUUUUGAGAUUAAAAAUGACCAGGUUGCUUUUGUGUUUCACGAUUUUUUCUUGCUAGAGAAUCAAAUCCCAUACCUUGUCCUGAGAUUGUUGAUGGACAAUUCGGAAAAAGAAUUCUCUAAGAGUUUGCAGGGCUCGAUCAUGCAGUUUCUUAAUUUCAAUGUUUUGACACCUGAGAAGUAUCGCAAGGCCGUGAUGGUCCCUCCAAAGGACAUGCCAGUUCAUCUUCUUGAUUUUCUACGCUUGGCACUCCUUCAACAAUCUUAUCAUUACGGCAAUAGAAGGUCAAAUUCAUGCAUCUACACAUGCCUAUUAGCUUGUCUGCCUCGACAACUCAGAAACAAACUCCUUUCACCACCAUCUCUGUAUAAACCUAAACGUAGCACGAACAAUACCAAGACCGAAGUGUCAUCUUACAUAAGUUUCUUAGACUCACUCAUUGAUUAUCCCAACGAUGUGAAAGAGUUGAGAUCAUCUCACGUACUCCACAACCUUCUUGGCUGUGACAAAGAAGUGGCACUACUUUUUAAUGAGAUGGGCAGAUUUUUGGUGCCAAAUCCUGAGGCGUACGAGGAGGUGAUAAGCCAAAUAGAGAAGCACUACCACAACAAGUGCCUGACUUGGAUAGCUCAGGUCUUGAACGAACACUUCAGUACUCCUUGGACGAUUGUCACUUUUGUGGCUGCGUUUUUGGCUCUUGGUAUGUCCGUUAUUCAGACCUAUUACACUAUCUAUCCUAGAGGAGGAUGAUCUAUAUAUAUAUAUAUAUAUAUAUGAGAUCAAAUAUAAUGGACCUUCAACACUACAUUAAUUGGACUCUUAUUAUUCUUUUUCCAUCAAAAUUAUUAUUGUAAUCUGGAUUUUGAGUUACUACUUUUACUCCUUUACACAUUAGUUUUUAUAAGGUGUGAUGUUAUUAUAAUAAAAAAUUCCAUUCACUCUUGAUUUGAUU